AUGUCCAAUUUCAUUCCGACACGAGUGAUCAAAGGUUCUGUCACUUAUCGUUAUGGUUUGUUUCCAGACGAAGGACAACAACAGCCCAAAUCUUCUUCAUCGUUGUCCAAUGCACCACCUCUCCACACAACCUUGCCGAUCGUGAUUGAACCCAACACAGAAAUGGUAGAUCAUGAUCGAAACAACUCUUCCAAAGACUCGCUUCUGUUAUGGAUUUCACAAAACAAAUCAUGGAUUCGAAAUGUGUUAAAUUCUUCUGGAGCGAUUCUCUUUAGAGGCUUUCAAAUCAUGUCUGCACAAGAUUUCGAAGAUGUUGCACUCGAAGCAGCUCACUAUCCCUUGCAAGAUGGUUAUUUGGGAACUUCACCAAGAAAUCGCGUUACCAAAUACACAUUUACUGCGAGUGAAUUUGGGCCUAUGGUUCCAAUUCCGCAACAUUUGGAAAUGAGUUUUCUUCCAAACUCACAACCAAAGGAAAUAUUCUUUUACUGUCAAUCACCUCCAGAGAAUUUACAUCAAGGAGAGACUCCAAUUUGUGAUAUGAGAUUGGUCUAUCAAAAUCUCAAUGAAGAAUUUAAAAGAAAACUUGACAAGUACCAAGUAGCCAAUGUCAGAAAUUAUUGUUCAAAACGACAUGCACAACAUCAUCACUCCUUGUUUUCCAUCUCAUUUUGGUCCAAUAUUUUGAAACAGUUAGAUCCAUUCCGUACCAAACCAUGGGAAGAUAUUUUCGAAACAGAAAGUGAAUCUCAAGUUUACAAGUUGUGUGAGCAUGAUCAGGUGGAGCCACGAUGGAAACAAGGGAAGGAAUUGGAAUUGUACAAUGAACAUGAUCCUAUCAAGCAAGUACCAUUUGCAUUGCCAUCCAAUGAUGCGAAUCGUCAUGGUGAAGAUUCAAGUUCAAAAAACACUCAAGGACAGUCAUCAUGUUUCACUUGGAGUAAUCACAUGCAAGUAUUUCAUAUUGAUGCAGUGCCUUGUGAGUAUCGUCAAGUGGCACAGAGACAACAACGAUGGAUCAUUUACUUGUUAUGGAUGAUUGCACUUGUUGUGAUAUUGAUCAAAAAGUUACUCGUGUCAAGACAUGAUCAAGCUCAACAUGCCUUUUUCGUACCAAAAAGAAGUGUUGCGGACAAUGGAAAGGAUCAUGCUCAACAAACAAAUGGUGUUGAAAACAGUAAGAAAGAAAGCACAUUUGGCUCAGAAGAAACAACGAAGGAAUUGGAAUUGAGCACGAAGGAAAUUCAGCAUGUGAGUGAUACCAUUUGGCAAAAUACUGUCUUCUUUGAUUGGCGCAAAGGGGAUGUCAUGAUGCUCAACAAUUCCAUCAUUAGUCAUGGAAGAAUGCCUUAUACUCAAAAGAAGAGCAAGAGAGUCAUCCUGACUGCAUUUUGUUAG